AUGGGAGCAACCUUGGUAACGGUUCUAAGCCUUGCCAUUGUUCUCGCCCUCAUCCUUGUCCUCCUUGCUGAACUCUACUGUUCCCUCUUGCUCCGCCGCCGCCACCCCAGAACCAACACCACCACCACCACCACCACACCCGCCGCUUCUUAUCCAACCUUGAAGAAUAACAACAACAAUGUUUAUGCACAAGGCGUAUUCCAGCCUCCUAGAAGCUUCCUUUUUCCUUCCCUUGUUUGCAUGGCAGAAGAACCAAAUCCAAAUGCAAAUGAAAGUACCCCUCAUAGCAUCGGACUUGUCUCUGUUCCUUCCCCACUUGCUUCCUUCAUUAACAGAGCUCCACCUACUCCAAAGGAACUUCAACAAGAAGUAGAACAACACCCUCCUCCUCCUCCUCCUCAUCAUCAUCAUCAUCAUCACGAGUGCAGUAAUGUUAAUGGGGAGCCAGAGCAGCACCUUGUGUACAUAUCCAACCCCAUUUACGAGAACCAAGAAGAAGAAAAAGAAGAGGGCAAAGUGAUGAUGACGACGCCGUUUGAAACACCAGAAACUUCCCCUUCUCAAUUAGAUGAUUAUGAUGAUGAUGAUGUCGAUUUGAGUCCAAUGAAGAAGCUCCCUGAAGAGGCUUCUUCGCUUAGGGUUACCUUCUCGGCAAGUGACCAGUCACAUAGCAACAAUAAUUGUCUCUCCUCUUCUUCUGCUUCCCCUUCUACUUCUCCUUCAUGGUGA